UCUUUCUUAUUUAAAAUAAGAUACUGUAUCCUGUAUGUUUCAUUAAUGUAUUUUCUGUCACUAUAUGUUUACAGUUAAGACAGGGAAUAAAGUAAGAGCUCACUUCUUCCAGGGAACUGACAUUUUGGAAAAUGGCUAUCCAUCGAUUUAAGUUCCAGUUGUUUCCAUCUCUGUCUCUGCUCUGUGACAGCCCCGGUAAUGCAGCAGGCCAGGGAAGUGAAGAAGACUGGUGGGUUGCAGUGGCUUCAAGUGCUAGAUCUAGAACUGACUGACUGCAUCACCAGAGUAACAAGGCUCCGGGGUAGAGAGUGUUGUUGACUGCCCAAGCACUGCUCCAAAAUAGCUGAAAGCGAUGGCAACCUACACGUGUAUCACUUGCCGCGUGGCUUUCAAGGAUGCUGACGUUCAGCGUGCCCAUUACAAAACUGACUGGCAUAGGUAUAACCUAAAGCGUAAGGUUGCUGACAUGCCUCCUGUCACAGCUGAGAAUUUUCAGGAGCGAGUCCUAGCACAGAGAGCUGUAGCAGAGGAGCAGAACAAAGUCACUGCCACUUACUGCACCGUUUGCAGCAAGAGAUUUGCCACUUUCAAUGCCUAUGAGAAUCACUUGAAGUCCAAGAAGCACCUGGAGCUGGAGAAGAAAGCUGUUCAGGCUGUUAGCAAGAAGGUGAAAAUAUUAAAUGAAAAAAACCUGGAGAAGGGUCUGGCCGCAGAGAAUGUAAAUAAAGAUGCGAUGAACACAGCUAUUCAACAAGCUAUCAGAGCUCAACCAUCUUCAUCUCCCAAGAAGUUACCUUUACCUCCUAGUAAUGCAAGCAGCUCUCCAGUUUCUGUGGAAAGCACCAGUUUAUCACAGAGUAGAGAGCGAUCCGAAAAGCCUCCGAGGCUACAGUGGUUUGAACAGCAAGCAAAGAAGCUGGCCAAACAACAAGCAGAGGAAGAAGAGGAUAUGGAAGAAGAAGGCUGGGAAGAUAUGGAUUCUGAUGAAGACAAUGGCUCUGAGGAAGAGAUGGAAAGUGUGGGAGAAGAGGAAGAGGAGCAGACAGCAGCUGAAAGCCCUCCUGCCGUUGGGGCCAUACCAGUCACGGACUGCUUGUUCUGCCCCCACCAUUCAAGAUCUCUCAUGAAGAAUGUGGCCCAUAUGACAAAAACCCACAGUUUCUUCAUUCCAGACAUAGAGUAUCUUGUCGAUCUCAGAGGCCUAAUUAAGUACUUAGGGGAGAAAGUUGGUGUUGGGAAAAUCUGCCUCUGGUGCAAUGAAAAGGGGAAAUCAUUCUACUCUACGGAAGCAGUACAGGCUCACAUGAAUGACAAAAGUCAUUGCAAACUCUUUACAGAUGGAGAUGCUGCCCUGGAGUUUGCAGACUUCUAUGAUUUUAGGAGCAGUUAUCCCGAUCACAAGGAAGGGGAAGAUGCGGAGAUAUCUGGAGAGCUUCCAGCAGAGAGGGAGUUGGAGUACGAUGAUGACACCAUGGAGCUGAUCCUUCCUUCAGGUGCGAGAGUUGGUCACCGUUCUUUAAUGCGGUACUACAAGCAGCGGUUUGGUUUGUCAAGAGCCGUGGCUGUUGCAAAAAAUAAGAAAGCAGUGGGCCGUGUUUUGCAGCAGUAUAGAGCUUUGGGCUGGACAAGCCAGACAGGGGCAGCCUCAGCUCAACAGCGUGAUAUGCAGUACCUGCAGAGGAUGAAGUCAAAGUGGAUGCUCAAGAUGGGAAUGAGUAACAAUGCUACAAAGCAGAUGCAUUUCCGGAUGCAAGUCAGAUUUUGAGUACCCCGGAGAGCUAUAUGCAACUGUUCUUGUGGAGGAGGAUUUGAUAGUUUCUGGCUUGAGGAUUCUGUUAUUAAAAUGGACUUAGCACCUAACAAAUGGCAGCGUAUAUGCUGCUGUGCCUUCCUGUCAUGAGAAGAUACCUUGCAGGGAGCUUGUCUCUUCCAGUGAAAUGAUGGUUGAUCUAAUUUAAAAAUUAAAAUAUCUUAAGUGGAAUAUGAUGGAAUAUGUGGCAAAGUAGUCACUGCCAUGAAUAAGGAUGCAUGCAUGUUCUUGCUGUCCAACUUUGUGCAAUUUUCAAUUUUCUCUAGGGCAAUUGACACUCUCUCUGUCUAACUUCAGUUUCCAAUUCUGCAAAAUGAUUGAGGCCAAGAGAAGAUCCUAGAUCUAGGAGCCUGAGGGGGGUUAUUCACUUGUGGUGCCACACACAUUAACUGCGUGUGUUGGACUUCUAGGUGGUACUAUUGAGGUGAGAAUUUGAGAAGAGAUUAUGGGAAGGUUAAAUGUUAAUUGUUUGAUGAAACAAACUGACAGUGUAACUCCAGGAUUAAUUUUGUCCUGUGAAAUUGACCUUAAUUUCUUAAUGCUCCAGCUCAGGGCUGCAUUAGUAACUUACAGCGUAGUUGUUUGUGUUGAAUUUCAUGGAUUUUCAUGAGCUUAAAAACUGUUCAAGAUUACCAUAACUUUUAGGUGUAUGUCACUCUAAACUUCUGCUGAUUUGGUAAAGAUCUGCUGAUUAAAAUUCUGAAGUUA